GACGGAUCCUCAGAUUAAAGAUCAGCAUGAAGCUAAAGCACAGCGCAAGGAUAGUGAAUCUCUUGAAGACAAUGUGGAAGACCGAGGUCGAAACAGUAAAGAGAUACUUAUCCAAUUCAGUGACGGGGAGAAAGUAAACAAUCCCAAACAAGUGGAAGAACACGGAAAAGUUCAGUGCCCAAAGGAAAAGAAAGACGAUGACGAUACCUUGAAAGACAACCAAACAACCAAAAACAUCGAAGGUACUGCAGGCGCACAUCAAAAUGCAAUACCACUAGGGAAGGACGAUAAACAAGCUAACCAGUCGAUGGUCACUAAUUCUGAUGCAGUGUCAGCACCGCCAACCAAUAAUGGACAUUAUUUGGUGGGAGGCAGUGGGGGAGGCAACGAGGCUACUAAAAAUCCCAAUGACCCCAAUGAAGCAGGUACGGUAGAUGAAAAUCUUGGUGACAGUAAGAGUAGUGACAACUUGACUACAACAUCCAGAGUUCAGAAGACAACUUGUGCAGAUGAACCACCCAAGGCUGAUCAACAUUUGAAUGGGAAAACAAAGACAAGCCAAGACGCAUCAAUUACAGUUAUUUUUCACGCUUUACUGACGCCAACUUUUAACGUGAAAUUUAAUGAAGGUGACAAAGUGUUUUUGCGUGGAGACCGCCCAUUCUCGUGGAAUUCUGGAACUGGACAGCUCGAGAUGCGACCUUUGAGGAAAGUGAACGACCACAAUUGCCUGCUCGAGGGAAAAGCUAAUUUCACUCUCGGCGAGGCCUCUCGAUCGAUAGCGUAUAAGUAUGUUGUGGUGCCAAGCAGUCAAGGAAAUGCUAAAGGAAAGACAGUUAAGGAUCUUUGGGAGUGUCUUAUUGGGUUCAGGCCAUUAAAUGCUGGGAGACAUGUGAAUCGAUGUCUACGCAUCCCUGAAAGUUCAAUUAAAGCCAACGCCACAUGGCACCAGUAUGACGAUGCAGUCUUCAGUCAACCUAGCUUUUGGGAUUCUAUCCGCAGCCUCUUCCCUAAAUGGAAAGUCAGUGAUGCCGCAGAGGGUCGCCGAUUGGCGAUGAUGGCCAUGCUCCCAAAAUGGGGAGAAAUCUCCGAAAAGGAAGGAACCAAUGGGCACGCUACACUGAAUAAAAUCAACAAUGUACUCCAUUGUAUGUCGAGGGCCGAGUUUGAGAACGGCGGUAAUUUUUAUCCGCGCAUUCCAGAUGGCUUUAGUGCCACAGAGGUAUUACAUGGAUACAUCUCCCUGCAAUUAAACCGCAACAUCCAGACACAGCAAGUUCAUACCGAGGAUGAGGAAUCUCAAGCCAGGAUACUUGUCACGUCAGCGGUAAUUGUAUCCGUCGCCGUUGGCCAUGAACAAGCUUUUUUUGGAGAUGAUGAAUUGAGGAAACUUUUUGAAUGUCUCCUAUUACAUGGCGAUACUGAGAGAAAAAAGUGCAGUGGGCUUGACGCUUUACAUCGACACUUUCCGAAAGAACAGUCUCAAAGCUCUCUGGCCAACUACUUGUUACAACUUUGCAUAUUCGUCAUCGAAUAUCGUCGAGGUAUCUUUCACUGGUUAUUUGCGAUGCCAUUGCUUCAUUUUUUGUCCGAUACCAGUAAGCCAUUCUCUUUUGAAGAGUUGACCCCAGAACCGCGUUCAUUAGAAGAUAACAACUGGUGGGGAACACAAGGCCUGAAUUUCAAAACUGUUCGGCGACAGGUUUCCUUUUCCAGGAGUAGCAACCCGGUACAUCUAUUCUCUCAGCUCCGUUCGAUGUUUGAGCUUGAUCCCUUAUUUAUAAGGACGUUUCUGUUGGCACUUCCUCUCCUUGACAUAGCAACGGUGCUACAAAGAGAUGUGCACAUACCUCUUCAUGAAGUCGCAUGGACAAUAACUCGAGUUGUGGAAGAAUCCUUACCUGACGAAGAGUGGGAUCACCUCGAUCAGUGCUUAAGAGAGAUGAAUACCAGAAUCAUGAGUGAUUUUGACAGAUUGGAAGAUGCCGACUAUUACGUCGUUAUGUCCGUAGCCAAAGCAUCUGCGCAUCUUCUACGUCGACUACUCAAGGAACCCAAUUCAAUCUUGUGGGAGAGAAUUCAGAUUCUCUCUAAUAUCUUCACUCUUCUUGGGAGCAGCCUGGUGAUGGCAAAACGCAGUGCAUCCAAUGCAGAGUUUUCUCCACUUCCAAAGGAGGACGAAAAGAAAGUCGAAGAAAGCAUACAGUUAUUUCAAGAGGCAUUACAGAUUUUACGAGGCUCCUUAGAUAAGCACGUAACCUUGAUUAACAAAACAGAACAUGAACGCCAUGAAGAAUUACAGGGGUGGACAGCCAUGCUCUCCUUAAAACUUGAAGACGAUGAGUUGCAGCAGCUUUGGCAAGAAAAAUUAAGGGAGUCACUUAAAUAUCGCAUGGAUCAGUUGACACAGGGGGAUGUCAUAAAACUUUUCUGCUCUUUGGACCGACAAAUAUAUCAUCUAGAUAUCUCUGAAUGUCUCAAGGCUACCGCUUACGAGGCUGCAGAUCUCCUCCUAGAGAGCGGAACACUGGAGAACCAAAUGGCAGAUUUAGAUCUUGCAACGUCCAAGAUGCAGUCUUCUGAAGUUGUUGAACUCUUUUCCCUUCUAUUGGAGACCUGCUGGCCCACCGACACUAACGAAAGAGACCUUUCUCAAGAUAAAGUGUUGGAGCAUAUUCUUACAUGGAAGCCAAUGGCACAAUAUUUUAAACAUUUUGAUGCUGAAAGUGUUGGAAAUGCUUGCUUAUCCGAUGGCGGUUUGGAACUUCGUGUUUUUGCGACCUCGCUUGUCGAACACGUAGCACUUUGCCUGAGAAGUGGUGAAAUUAAUGUGAGCACAUUACGAAUUGUCAAUAAGGACCGUGACAGAUUUUUGGAGUUGUUCUCUUUGCUACCUGAAGUUCCAGAGAACAUAUCUCUAAAGGAAGAAGUUCCGGCUGGCAUUGAGGCUAGCGGGAACCAGAGAGAAACAGCGGGUGUGGAGUUCCUUCUUGAAAUGCGCGUUGAGGAGCUCGAAGCUUUUGAGAAGGAAAGAGACGCUGUUUCUACUUUCAUUCACAUGUGUUCUCUUAUCAAAUCAGUGGAUAUUGACCUACAAAAUAUCAAGGAGAAAUUGGAAAUGGUCCUGCCCUCUCGUCAAAUACUUGAAAUUUGCCAUGAACGUCGACAUGGAGAUGAACCUGUGGUAAAGUUCUUUGAUCUUACGAUAACGAACAAGAAAAUGAUACAAUCAUUGCAUGAUAUUCACCAUAGCCUUCUUUUCCGCGAUUUUUGGCAAAUGUGUGGUCAAAGGACCGCCGAUUUUUGCGAAGAUGAGCCUGGGUUUGACGGGACUUUGACGAUAGACAAAGUACAAGAGCGUCUUUGGCUGCCUUCUUAUCGAAAAUGGCGAGGCCUAUGGGAAAGAAUUAUUAAAGGUGAAGUCAGUCUUCAAGAAGUAGAUGAGAAAUUCCACAGGUUCAGUGAUGACCCCAAGGCUUUAGACAGGGAAAUUAAGGCAGUAGUGAUCAAAUUUUCCGAACAAGACGACAUUGACACCGUUCUUCUUGGCCGUGUUGGUCAAAUCAAACAAUGCCAUAAGUUGAAAGAGUGCGAGGAUGCUGCAGCCACAAUUUUAGAUUUCAAAGAAGCAAUGCAACUUCAGGGAGACUUCCAAUUGCUGAAUGAUUUUCGUGAUCAGAUGAAUGAAGAAUUUCAGAAACGUUUACUCGGUGCCAUCAGUGAUGAGAUUUUCCAAGUCGCAAGAGCACUUAAAAGUGUUUCACGACCAAUGAUUCAAUGCUUGAGGACUGUCAUUGAAUGCAAGGAAUUCAUAUUAUGGCUUCGGGAAGAAGUGAAAGGUCGAGAGGAAGUGAAAACACUGGUAGAUCUGGCGAUGAUGUCCGCUGAUGAAAGUGACAUCCAAACUGAUCGUGUCUCCUGUCUGCACACCACUGCCCUUGGAUUCGCACCUUUCAUAUUUGACCUGGCGAACAAACACGCUGACUUCGAGCAAUUGAUGGAGAUGUGUUCAGGUGUCUGGGAAGAGGUGAAAAGGAACGAAACCUUGCCAGUGAAGCUGAAAGAUAUCAGUGAUCAUCUUCAGUGGCUUAAGGGAAUCAAGGAUGAGCAUGCCAUGUCGUCUCUCAAAUUAGCCCAAGCUAUAAAUGCAAGAGGAGUCUACUCUAUAGGGAAGUUGGACAACGGGACAUCUACACAGCUCUAUGACAAGAAAAAUGUUCACUCUGUUAUUAGCCUACUACUACUACCAGACAAGAAUACUGGUCAGGCAAGAGAAUUCAAUCUGGAGAAACUUCAGGAACUGCAAAGUAAACUGGCUCUCAUCUCAGGAAAGGAUUCACAGGGUCAGGAGGACAUACGAAAUUUUGGAGAGUUAUUACAAGGCGUUGUUCAACUUGCUCAGGCUUAUGUGAAUCUCUGUGAAAUCGGUGAUGUGUCUCAUCUCGACUGGAAAGGAGAAUAUAAAUGCAAAAACGUUAUGGGGAAGAGGGUCCUGGUUGAUAUUCAGUCAAAGAGCAUAGAAUUCGAUCAUCGUUACAAAGAAUGUAAAGAACACGUUAACUCACUGAGAAAGAAGUACCACGAGUUGAACUUUUUCACUAUACAACAGCUUCUUUUCUUGCGCAAGGAGCUCGCGGGUCUGAAAUACAGUUCCACCAUGGAAUAUCUACAUCGGCUUCAAGUUUAUAGUCUUCUUGAAAAGGUGUGUCCAGGCAUCCACCAGUCAUUAUUACAAGAGGUUUUUCUGGAUGCGGGGAUCUUAUCGCCAGAUUUUAGUCACUUCAGUGAUGGAGACACUCUGGGGGAUGCAACUCAAAUCGCUUCUCUAUCAAGUCAAGACGGAGAAGACAACUCCGCAGAUGAAGUGCAGAUUAUCGAGAAAUACGAGAGCCUUCUUAGAAAUGUGGAGAAGUUAAGUCAUUCAGAACCUGAACGUCUAGCCGUGGCAGCUCUUGCUAACAAUUUGCAAAGUAAGGAAGCUGAUCAUGUUUUGUGGUGUUUGCAAAACAUGGAAGACAGCGACCUUGUGGACGAACUCUUUGAGAGAGCUUCAGGAGACCCCAGAUUCCGUAAGAUCGUAGAUCAGAAGACUAAUUCAGAUGCGGAGUUGUUGCAAUUAUCCCAGAAUUCUGAUUGUGAACAGAUAAGUGUACCAGGAAGCAGUGACGAUGAGUUGAGCUUACCUGACGAGCCAAACCUGGACGAAACAAAAGGGGGCACCUUUUUCAGUCUAGAGGAAAUAGGCGUAUUUCUGUCUUACUUGGCAGCUAAAAAAGAAGGAAGUCUAGAAAGAAGAGCUUUCCCAAGUUACCUGAAAUUAGGAGAGCCGAACCUCGUGCUCGUAACCAAGGAACAAAUAUUUGCUGCUGUUCUAAACCUUUAUAAAGACGAGAAUGUUCAGAGUUUGCCAAACAGUGACGAAGUUCUUGUGUGCACAACUGAAACGACAUCCGAAGAGGUGGAGUUGCUAUGGCGUCGAGCCCUGGUAGGCGAUAGACACAAACUGCAUUGUCUGGUGAAUGGUGAUCUGUUAGACUAUGACGUCAGCCAAAAGGUGGUGGACUGUUUACACACAUUGAUGCAAGUAUAUCCCCAUACUGAAAAAUUGGCCCUUGUUGUUCUAUGCAGUAGCGAAAACGAAGAGCGAGCUCAUAUUAUUGCCUGUUUGGAGCAGUACAAAGUAUUAAUGCCAAGAUAUCCUCGACCAGACGAGCUCCGCCGCUACAUCGAAAAACAGUUUAGAGCACCAGAGCAGAUCCCUGGCGAGUAUCAUGAGAAGCACGUUAUUUGGAAUCCAGCUGCAACUGUUAAUCGAGCGGCAAACUUUAAUGUUCGAGUAGUAUCUUCUGACCACUCUGGAGUAGGAAAAAGUUUGGUUGUGCUGAGGUUGGCACAAGAGGUGGCGGCUCUUCCAAACAACCGGCUUGUUGUCAAGACAAUGGAAGAGGAGAAUGAAGAACCACCUCUUCUGCGUGUCACAAUUCCAUUCCACGACAAACAUGCACAGAUCGCAGAUGUUGUUGGUUUCUUUCUGCCCCAUGCUCUCCCUUCAGAUCUACCUUUGUCCAGGAUUUUCCACCUCGACCGUUCCUCUGCGGUCACGCCAGAAUUUGAAACACUGCUCUUCAAUUUGCUGAUCUUGGGUGAACUAACAGAUGAUUGUGGGCGCGUUUGGAGGAGGAACUCCUACGACUUGUAUAUCGUGGAAAUUACUAACUCCACCUCUAUGAAUUCAACAGAGUCAACGGAGGCAUGCAGGUUUCAUGAGCUUCUCCCACAAGUCAAGUGUUGUCUUCCAGAAGACACCCUUCCUUCCUUAAGGAAAGGCCAGAGGCAAGGAGAGAUUAGCCGGCCGUCGUUUGAUGAAGAAGAAUUGCUAAGCAACGCAGUUCAGCGUGUCUGGUGGUAUCUUCACCUAUUUGAAACGAACCCUGAGGUCAUCCAGAGCUUUCGCUUUAACCCUCAAAGAAAACUUAUGGACCCAGCGGAAUGUCUUGAAACGCUGAUAAGGAAUUGUGGAGUAUCCAACCCAUCCUGGUCAGAACUUCGUAAUUUCGUGAACUUUUUGAACAGCCAGCUUAGUGAUUGCGAGGAAAGUGCUUUCUGUGACCCGUCGCUAACAGCGGACACCUUACAAGGAUUGAAGACUUUUGUGGUCAAAUUUAUGAUAAUUAUGUCUGAGGAUUUUGCAAUGCGAUCAUUAACAGACAAAGAAGGCCAUGUAUUUAAGGACUCCCUUGGGGAAACAGCUAAAUCAUACGAUGAACAAGAAAUUGUUCCUUUCCAGCUACGAAGGCGAUGGGAAACCAGCCCUCAUCCAUACAUCUUUUUUAACCCGGAUCAUGCGACCAUGACUUUCCUGGGAUUCCAAGUUGAUCAAAAUGGAAAUCUUCUAGAUCCCAAGACCAAAGAAAUCAUUAAGCGGAAUAUCAUGUCAAGACCCCUUAGAACAGGACUUCAUGUGCAGAAAGUGGAUUUGGACAACAACUUUGAGUCUUAUUCGAAGGUUGACAAAAUUCAAUUGUUGUGUUCUGUCAUGGCGAUCGAGUGCGGUUAUGACCCGGAUGAGUCAUACGAAUUGACGGGUGAUAAUGUGAAGAAAAUUCUAGCCAUCCACAUGAGAUUCAGAUGCAACAUCCCAGUUGUAAUCAUGGGUGAAACAGGAUGUGGAAAGACAAGACUUAUUCGGUAUUUGUGCGGACUGCAGACCGAGGGAGAGGUGGAGGAACGUAGAAACAUGCUCUUAAUGAAGGUCCAUGGCGGCACCACUUACAAAGACAUAGAAAGGAACGUACUUCAUGCUGAGACAGUGGCUGUCAAGAAUGAACGUCUCGGAAAAAAAAUCGACACUGUUUUGUUUUUUGAUGAGGCAAACACCACUGACGCUUUGGGAAUGAUAAAAGAGAUUAUGGUGGAUCGAAGGUGUAAUGGUCGUCCCCUGAGUGACAAUUUGAAAUUCGUUGUGGCUUGCAAUCCAUAUCGGAAGCAUACGAAAGAAAUGAUACGUAAACUAGAGACCGCAGGAUUGGGCUAUCACAUAAAAGCGGAUGAAACUACAGAGAGCCUUGGUGGAAUCCCAUUGCGUCACCUUGUGUAUCGAGUGCAUGCUUUGCCAGAAAGCAUGCGCAGUCUUGUGUGGGAUUUUGGACAGUUGAAUGCCGAAGUGGAAGAACUUUACACUCGUCAAAUUGUUAGAAGAUUUGUACGUGAAGGUCGUCUUCAGGAAGAUGAAAACUGGGUUAUUGCCAUAGCAGCAGUUUUAACAGCCUCCCAACAAUUCAUGAGAAACAAAAAGGAUGAGUGCAGAUUUGUGAGCUUACGUGAUGUUAAACGAGCCAUGGAGGUCAUGAUCUGGUUUUACCAACACUUUCAAGAUUUUUCUGGUUUGAUGGAAGAGGAGCGACGUAAAAAUGAAGAAGAGAGCGAGAGUGAGAGUGACUCUGACUCUGGAGAAGAUUCAACUGAUGUCAAAGAAACUCUCUCUGAUUCUGAGGACGACCAAUGCGAUCAGGAAAAAACUGCAGCAACAAAUCAUAACGACUGUCGGAGUCUCCGAGAUCGCCUGAGCAUGGUUUGCCCUUUCAUAGAAGUUAAUUCCACAGGAAAAAGAGAAGAGCGACCUACCGUUAGCGCGACCUUUUGUGAGCGAAACUUCCCUUUUGCUUGCAAGGAAACAGCAUCUGCAGAGUGCAAGCCAACGCAAAUAUUCGACUAUGCAGACACAAAGGAAAGAGAAAAGCGAUCCACCGUUAGCAAGUCUAUGUGGGAGCGAAACAUCCCUUUUUCUUCCAAGGAAACAGCAUCUGUAGAGUGCAAGCCUACACAAAUAUUUGACUAUGCAGACACAAAGAAAAGAGAGAAGCAACCCGCCGUUAGUGAGUCUAUGUGUGAGCCGGACUUCUCUCUUGCUUCCAAGGAAACAGUUUCUGCAGAGUGCAGGCCCACGCAAGAGCCUCUGCAACUGUCUUCAAGAGUCAAUCCUCUGGAAAUGUUCCACCAUGUAGAAUCCUUAGAUGAAUCGCUCGAGGAAGAAAACGUUGAUAUUGACGACAGUAUUGACCCGAUCACUUGGUCUUUGAUUCUUGCUCUUGGAGUUUGUUAUCAAGCACGGUUAACAGAGAGGGAAGAGUACCGCGAGGCAGUAGCAAACUCAUUCCGACCACCAUGCAGGCUUCCUGGCGGCGCUGAAAGAAUUAAACGGGAAAUAUGUCGAUGUCAAGAAGCUUUGAUGGGACAGCUGGAACUUGGACCAAACAUUGCCUGCAAUGAGGCCUUGAGAGAAAAUGUGUUUAUGAUGGUGGUGUGUAUUGAGCUGAGGAUCCCGUUAUUUGUCGUCGGUAAGCCGGGGAGCUCUAAAUCACUGGCCAAAGCAGUUGUUGCAGACAAUAUGCAUGGAGGAAGAUCCAAACAUAACCUUUUCAAACAUUUUAAGCAGAUUCAGUUGGUAUCAUAUCAGUGUAGCCCACAGUCUACCCCUGAGGGAAUAUUGGCGACAUUUCAGCAAUGCAGUGAACUGCAAGAAAGUAAAAACAAGGGAAAGACUUUAGACACGUUUGCUUCUGUGGUAGUGUUAGAUGAGGUAGGACUGGCGGAGGACUCACCCAAAAUGCCCUUAAAAACUUUACAUCCCCUCCUGGAAGAUGAUGACCAAAACGACGGGUUUGCGAUCCAGACUGAAAAGAGUUUUACACGCGUCGCUUUCAUUGGUUUGUCGAACUGGGCAUUGGACCCUGCCAAAAUGAACCGCGGGAUAAUGCUUUGCCGUAAUGAGCCUGACGAAGACGAACUGGAAGAAACUGCAAGGGGCAUUUGUGGAAGUGAUGAGGACAUUGUUACUCAUGUAGAACCCCUCAUAAAUCCGUUGGUCUAUGGCUACAAAGAGCUCUACGACAGACAGAAAAGAUUGGAGAAACUAAAAGAAGGAAAAAAGGACGAAUUUUUUGGACUUCGAGAUUUCUACAGUCUUGUAAAGAUGAUCGUCUCCAUUGCUAAGGAAGAGAAACGUCGACCAAACUGGAAAGAGCUCGAACGCGCCAUUAAGAGAAACUUCAGUGGCUUGAUGGAGGUCGAAGGAGAUUUUAACCCUGUUAAAAUUCUCAUGGAAAAUAUUGGCUUCCCAGGGGAACAUCUACAGGUUGAAGAGGAAUUCAUGAAAGAUGAGUCUCUAGACCUUAUCUGGGAAAGCCUGAACCGGAAGAGCAUGAUGGGACAAGGACGAUAUUUGCUUAUCAUGACUGAAAACUUUGCCGCCCUUCCAAGAGUAAAACAGCUCUUGUUAGAGCAAAAAGAUAAAGAAGAUCCAUAUGUCAUCUUUGGCAGUGGUUUUCCAAAAGAUCAGUUGUUCACCCAGGUUUGCCGCAACAUCAACCGUGUCAAGAUGUGUAUGGAAGCAGGCAGAACAGUGAUUUUGCUCAAUCUUGAAAACCUCUAUGAGAGUCUCUACGACGCCCUAAAUCAGUAUUACGUGUUCUUUGGAGGAGAAAAGUAUGUGGAUCUUGGGCUUGGGAAUAAUCGAGUCAAAUGCCGCGUUCACAAAGACUUCAGGCUAAUCGUCAUCGCUGAAAAGGACGUGGUUUACAACAAGUUCCCCAUCCCUCUGAUUAACCGCUUGGAGAAACACUUCCUUGUUAUGACAUCUGGGCUCACCUGGCCACAGAAAGAAGUGACCAGGAAAUUAAAAGUUUGGGUGGACAACUUCGCUGAUAUUUUACAGCCGCCUCACCGAAAAAAGAGACCAUUCUCUAAAGGAGAUGCCUUUAUUGGUUAUCACGAAGACAUCGUCCCAGCUGUUGUUUUGCAAGUUUGUGCUGAACUUCACAGCGACGGAGUAUUUCCCUCAGACGAAGAAAGAGAGUCUUGGGAAGAAAAGGUGCUGAGGACAUGUCAGGAGCGAUUGCUUCAGUGUGCGACUCCCGACUCUGUUACCCGUCUCUGUUCUUCACGUCUGAGUUCAGAGGCUGAGAGAAUAUGGACGACGUACUUUCGCGAACAGGAACACUCAAGCCUGGCAAACUUUUUGGAAAAAGUUAUCGGAGAUGUCAGGUCUAGUGACGGUGAAAGGGCUAAAGUACCACUACGUGCCCAGAUAUCGACUCACUCUCGUCUCCUCUCUGAAAGAGACAUUCCUACCAUUGCAAAAGCUGCACAGCUUCCUCCCAGUUCAGUGAAGUGUGCCUCGCUGCAACAGUUUCAAACCGAACAGCAAUUCUUAAACUGCAUAGGGAGAGACUUCUGGUCCACGCUGGGAGGCAGGGAAAGCCUGUUAAUCGUUCAGUGCGACUCCGGAGAACAAAUCCUUGAUUUGAUAGCAUGCUCUCGCCAUUUGCUCAUUGAAGAGUGUAAGGAAAUGGAAAACGUGUUGCAUCCAGAUGCCACUGAUUGCAGUCACAUUGUAAUGAUUGUACAAGUGUCCAGGGUGGCAGGGGGCUGUCGAGAGUUCGUCAGUGUGCAAGGUGAAAAUUGGUUAUCCGUCCACAUUGACGAAUUGUGCCCUCCAAGUGAAGAAAUACCUCCGGUUGAAGCACUGAAGGACCGUUCAGUUAGUGAAAUUUUCGAGAGUGCCAUUGAUAAGACAGGAAACUAUUUGAGUAUUGGUAAAGUUCUAACAAGUUGCGUGCAGAUAGCAGCUAGCAAGAUUGAGGAUGAUGAAUCGACACUUGGAAGGGCAAUUAGACGAAUUGAACUGCUGCUUAAACUACUUCCUUCCAGAGCGAAGGCUGAAGACCUACGUGACAACCGCUUUGAGAUGAUUCUUGCUAAACGACUUCAUGACCUACUAAAAGAAAAAGACCAGCGGGCACCAGAAGAGGGGAAAGGGUGGCUUGAAGACGUUGCCAAAGCGUGCACUGUAAACGAAAAUGGAACUUUCAAGAAGGCACUUUGGCGCCGUUUUCAGUGUGUUGUGGCUCCUAUCUUGGCAGAGGUCAUCGCUUAUGUUGAUCGCGACGGAAACCUUGAGCUGGCCGCCAGCAAAGAUCCCUGGCUUUCAAAUCUCUGGUUAAACGUAUUUGAAGACAGUUCCUUCGCUACCAUUAAUUAUGGAAUGUUCAUGACACGUGAAGAAGAUGUGGAUGUAGUCCGCAGCAAGGUUCCAGUAUUAAAAUCGGGGUAUCGAGGGCAUGUCUUCCAGUGCAGGUUUCCAUUUUCAUGGAUGCUCAAAGAACGCAUUGAUGAGCUCUAUCGAGAGGCGAGAAGUGUCGCAGCAAAUUCUUAUGAGACCGUUACCGAAUGCUUACGAAGGUUGUUGGACACUUCAAGCGUGAGGCGGAUUGUUUCUGAGGCCACCUCAGAAGGCGGCGAAGAUUCAGUGGCUCGUUAUUUGCAUGACUUUACACAGAUGGUGUACAAACCUAAAGAUGACGCGGAGACUGAGAUUGUUGAAAGAGCGAUCAGAGCUGCUGCAAAAGAGAUUCGUGCCCCACGACAGUCGACAGAUGGGAAGUUUAUAAUGGAUUUUGCGCUGGUUCAUGUGGGACAUUCUCGUAUUCAGCAGCGAAUUCACUGCCUAUCGCUCUUACUUCGAGCCAAACCCGAAAUUUUAGACGACCUUCAAAACAGGUUUUCGUGGGAUGAAGAUGAAAUGACCGUUGAUGCUAUUGCUCUACAAAUUUGCUUGGAGCGUAUGGAACCUUGUGGAGAGGAUCUUAAGACCUCCUCGGAGAGAAAAAUUUGGUGUGACUUGGUUAUGUCAGUAAAAACACCUGUGGACGAAAUGAUCGGUAAAAGUGGAACCGAAGGCAAGGCACAUGUUGGAGAAAGGACUCAGUCAAAGCUGAUGCAGUGCAGAUCCAUAUGGCAACGUUUGAGUGCGGUGAGAAUGUUUAUCGAAGACGUGUAUCCAUCCCAAGGUGGAAUAGAUUUACCGGAUGUGCAGCAUAUUUUGAAACUUUGGAAGGCUCUAGGUGAAGGAACAGAUUUCACAAAGGCCGAAUCCCUCACUAUCGUGGAACGAGUUUUGAUAAGUUGUAAAGAGGAUUUACAAGCACGACUGCAAGAUGAUGAGCCUGAAGUGUAUGCAAAGUUCCUUAGAUGUUGCAACGCAUUCUUGAUGGAGAUUAUUACCGUGUUUUGCUUUGGAGACGACGUGCGUAAUUUGGAUCCAGAAGUAUUUGAAAUAAUCAUGAGAUAUGUUACAGCGACACAAUCUGCUGCUGAAACUAGGGAAUUCUCGCCUUUCCCUGAAUUUGGAGCAGACAGUAGUCCUAUGGUGAGAUCAUUCCUUUUGCAGCAACUCAUAAAUUCCAGUGAUAAAUUAGCCAAGGUACACCUCCAACGUUUCCUCUUCGAAGCUCAAGGUCUGUCAUCAGAAGUGCCUCAUCUCCUGAAUGUCUGUCUACUUGCUGUGCAGUGUAUGGAGAACUCCUGUGACAGUACGAUAGCCAUGACUGCCAACUGCGAUCUCCAUGUGCACAUUAAUACCGUUAAUAAUUUUUGUGAACGUGCAUUAGAAAUCUUACAGAAAGACCAUACAAGUGAUAAUGAGAUCCAGGUUAAAUCACUAGAGGCGAUAGCUGAAGCACGGUCCACUCUAGGUAUGGCUGCGCAGUUCAUGUAUAUGAGUUGCGGUAGCGAUUACGAAAAGUGGCGCCGAGGUGACACGCGUGGAGCAAUGGAAAACCUUUUCAAGACUGUUCAGGCAUUGUGCACGUCGGUUCGUUUUAGGUCCCCUGGUCUCUUUCUGCUCAAGCAGCUGGUCAAACUGUACGGGGGACGUGCCAUUUCAACAGUGUCUCAAAACCCAGAACUCGCGUGGAUCGUACCCGUAGAACUUCAACGGAGAGAGGACACUGAGAUAAAUCUGGAUAGGUUCUUGGUGUAUGGAGAGUUGUACCGGGAAGUAAGAGAUGCAAUAGCAAGAGCAAUAUUGAGCGAUGACACAGAUGAACUUGUCGUGUCAUUAAAGGCAUUACAUGAGGUGCCAGGGCAACCUGCGAGCAAGGACAUCGUACUUCUUCUGGCUUUGUAUCGGGAGAUAACCUUAACGCAAAGAGCGUCGGCUGAAGACCAGCAUUUUCACCAAGAAAAAUGUGCUACUGUGUUAAGAGACGUCCUUCUGAGUAGGUGCAGCGUGAUAUCCUCGAAUGCGCAAUGUUUGGUCUGGAAUCUCUUGAGGAAUCCUCCGCAGAACUUGGAGUUCCCAUUCCUUGCUGACCGAGAGACUCAGAGCGAGACAGAAAAGGCUCUACCCGAAAUCCUGUUGCACCUGACCACCGUAUUUCGGUGCAUUGAUUUUGAUGAGUUGCUGAACCCUAUAAGGGAGAUUAUUCUUGCGCCGAGUGAAAUGAUAAAUUCUUUCCUCCCGACAAUGCCAGAAGACAAUUUUGAAGAAACUCGAUCAGCCAUGACAGAGCAGAAUGGUCAAUGGUAUGAAUGUCCAAAGCGCCAUCGAUACUUUGUUGGUGAUUGUGGCAUACCAUACCAGCAGCGCGAUUGCCCUUACUGUGACUCGUCGGUUCCGAUUGGAGGCCUAAAACACCGUUUGGUUUCUAACAACAGGCUGGCACGCCGGGAAGACCGAUCUAACAAAGGUCACAUCUUGGGAACCCCCAAACGUAUCGUAGGUCCUGAAAGAGAUCUGUCUCCUACUAUGGUGAGCCUCUUGAGGUUUAUUCUCCAUUCAGCGAUGCUGUCCGCAGCCCAAGACCAACCUGAGGUCGUUAGUCAGCUAAUAGAGGAGUUAGAUGUUCAACCACGGAAUGUUGGAGGUUACCUCUGUGCACAUCUCGUCAAUGAUGUGGAAAAUAUAUCAGCCAACCUGGAAAGGAGCGUGGAUGAAGUGGUACUGAUGAUUCAUAGCGUGUUAGCUGAGAUUGUGUAUCGUGCAGCAGCUAGAGGAACAGAUGGUAUUGCAAAUUGGUUGACUAAGGCUGAACGGAGAGAAUGGGAAAAUCGUUUUUCUACCGUGUUUUUGAGACCUGUUUGCAUGAUUUUGGAGGAACGGCUGCAGAAUUUCUAUACUCUGUCUGUCAACGAUAAGAGAUUAGGGAGUGAUCCACUCAUGCGGGAGAUUUACGAGGUGGAUGACCCCACUCCUCCUCGCUCAGCAACAGAUAUCCAUCCUGGACACCCCGCCUUUUGGAAAUAUAGAAUUCGUUUGACUGUUGAGCAUAUCAUUCGUCAGUUUCAAGACGUCAGGUCAAACAAGGAUUCAUGCAAGAUCCUAGGAAAAUUUCUUGAGGAGGAGCACAUACUCCGCGCAGUACGUUACUUACCGGACAUUUUGGCUUUGCUGAGAAUACUAACUGAUCGCUUUUAUCGACGAAUCAACCGAGACGAAGCUAAUAAGUUCAAGAUACGGGAUUUUUUGAAAGAAUUGUCUAAAGACCAGAAGGAAAGCUUCACGAAGUUUUUCAAAAGUUUUUGCACUGCUUGGGAUCAACUUCGCCUUCAGCUUUAUUCGCAAGGUCGUUUUACUCCUUCUGAAGAACAGUGUACGAAACCAAUUGAUAUGACCUCCACCGUGUCAGUACUGCUACCAGCUGAGGCUGGCCCAGGUGUCUGUUGCAAAGCUCUACUGUUCUUCUUGGUCAAUACACAUAAUGAAAUGGUGGAAACAUACCACGGUGCCUUUGGAUCUGACGAAAGGACACGUACUAUCGCCAAGAUUCCUUUUGCGGAGGUUUCGUUGUCGCAGUUGGUAGCGUAUGACUCAGAAAAGGACUUACUACCUGUGAUGCUAGCCAACUGCACCUACACACUAGAGGUGGGAAAGGACACAUCAUUGCAGUACAACUGGGAAGCCCUUCAGAAGCAAAUAGUCGAUAAGUUCAUUCGUGGAAGGCCUAUCGUUGAGUUUAAGCUGGAUAAUUUCGUGUUUCAUGAAGAUGACCGCGAUAUGUUCUUCGUCAAGUUGAGAGAAAAGAUUCCACAGGUUUCAAUUGAUGGUAAUACUCGUACCCAGAUUCUGUCAGAAUUAAAGGAACUUAGGAACGUGAGUGAAUUACUUUCAACCCUGGAAAUGGCAAUUGGUUUCCUGUCAACGGCAGGUGGAGAUCCGGAAAGGAAAGUCUGCGAUUAUCUGAAGAAUAUUCUACUUCUUGGUGAUGGAAAGUCGAACUUAAGGAGUAAGAAGGCUCAACAGUCUUGCUGUCUGUGUCACAUCUUGGAUUUGUGGUCCACAAUUGCCGAAGCGCGUGCGAAAUUCUUGUUCAGGAAUAGACAGGAUCCGUUUGAAGAGAUUUCGGAAAGUUUUAAAGAAGAAAUGCCACGACACACAAUUGCAUUACUAAGUGCAGCAUUCAAAAGAAUGGACGCUGACUUGUUUUUGAGAAGAGUGAUUGAAGUCAUCAGUUUGCUGCUUGUUCAUGAAGAAGAAAGAAAUUGUGAAAUGGGACUCGGUGAGUACUUAUCGAGGGUCUUUGAUGACAGUUCCGACUUGGAUGAGACUCCUGAUCAAGUCAAAGUAAUGCACAUAAUUCACGCGUGCAAACUUGCGUUAGAUGUGCGUGAAAAAGACCAAGGACGCAUGAGUUCCAUGAUGUCCUGAAGCUCUAAUUUUUGGAGUUUAAGAACCUCUUAGAUUUUGUCGUUCAUAAGCUAAUUGAACAGCCAGAAUUUAAAUUAAUGCAAAAUCACAAUUUGAAGGACUCUUCAAACAUGUAGAAUCAAUAUGUUUUUGAUGUUAUGACCAACUAUAAAAUUGUAGUUCAGCUCACAUGUAGUACUAAAAUAAGCCACUUGCCAGGUUUAAAUUGACGAUUAUUUUCAACUUCAGUCAAUUCCUAGUAAAUCAUCUAUUUCAUGUUGGGUAUCAACUAAGCUUCACCCCUUCCAUCCAGCGGGUCGUGAAUGAAAAUUUGAGCCGUUUCGAUUAGCAAACAAAAUAAGAGCACAAAAUUCACUUCAGCUUAAAUGAAAUACGAAAAUAAGGCACCUCCUGGUUUAAAUGGAAGAAAAUUAACUUAAUCGAUUUCCAGUGAAUCAAUUAUUAGCAAUAAAGUUUAACAUGUUAUUAUUAACUAAGCCUCAUCCUUUCAUCCAGCGCCUUUUGGAUAAAAAAAAAAUUGAGCCGUUUGAAUUAGCAUACCAAGAGCACAAAAUUGUGCUGGACUGUACCAAAAAGUUUGGCUGGUAAUAGUCGACUGUAACGGCUGCUCUAUAAAUGUCGACGAUGCUUUAAGCCGACAGAAGAAACUACAUGUUUAUAUGUGUAGUACAGCUCAAGAAGUAUCUUAAAACAUUAUAGGCGCUAGAAGAUUAAAAUUUCAGCUUGUAAGUAGCCGUAAAAAGUUUUUUCCUCUCCUAGCCUGGAAAGUGUUGGCUCAUUUACCGGUCACUCAGUUUUCGUCUUUUGUACGACUAAAUUGGCAGAAACGAUGGCCCAGAGGGAAAAGCGGUUAAUUAAAUUAACUACAAUCACAACAGGAAACACUAUGACAAAGUUUCUUUUCAUCAGGACGUUUCGUAUGUACAAAAUUUUGCCCAGGCAUAACUUCGGGUGGGGUGCUUAUUACAUCACAUUAGAAGACACCAACACCGGCAAAGAAAAAAUUUAUGCAAAAGUUUAAUGGAAGAGAUACUUUUCUACACUAACUUGACAUUACUGAAUUCAAAGUGCGGUUCAAACUUGCAUGCCAUGCUGAUAUAAUUCUCAGCUGUAGCAUUUUGAGUUAUCUUUAAACUGUAUAAGAAACAAAUUAUGAAAAAUUAAUCAAUAGUACCGUUCCGCUUUAGUCUUCAUAAACAUAAAAGCUUCUGCUUUUUCCGCAAUUUUUGCAGAAGACAGCAUCGAGAAUAAUUCUUUUUCUAACACUCUAAGUAAACCAAGGGUAAAUAUACGUGGCAAAAGAAACUGACUGGCCCUAUUCAUAAACUACAGC